AUGAGGUCGAGCUGGGGGGGCGCCGGGGGGGAGGUCUCGUCGGAGGGGUCCCGGCUUCGGAGCUUCGCCCACCGCUCCUCGCUGCACGGCAUCGGGCACAUCUUCACCCAGGGGGGGGCCUGGCUGCGGCGGGGGCUCUGGGGGGGCUUCUUCUUGGGGUCUCUGGGGCUGCUGCUGGGGGUCUGCGCGCAGCGCGUCGCCCACUUCCUCACCUACCCCCACGUCACCAAACUGGACGAGGUGGCGGCCACCAACCUGACCUUCCCGGCCAUCACCAUCUGCAACCUCAACGAGUUUCGCUUCUCCAAACUGACCCGUAACGAUUUGUUCCACGCCGGGGAGCUGCUGGCCCUGCUGGACGGGCGGGCGGGGGUCCGGGAAACCCACCCCCCCCUGGCCGAGCCCCGCGUCCUGGCCACCCUGCGGGACAAAGCCAACUUCAGGGACUUUAAGGCCAAACCUUUCAGCAUGGCCGAGUUCUACAACCGGACGGGCCACGACCUGGCGGAGAUGCUGCUGUACUGCUCCUUCCGCGGCACCGACUGCACCGCCCGGGACUUCGCCGUGAUCUUCACCCGCCUGGGCAAGUGCUACACGUUCAAUGCGGGGGGGCCGGGCCGGCCGGUGCUGAGCACCCACCGGGGGGGCCAGGGCCACGGCCUGGAGCUGAUGCUCGACGUGCAGCAGGAUGAGUACCUGCCCGUCUGGGGGGACACGGCCGAGACCUCUCUGGAGGCGGGGGUGCGGGUGCAGAUCCACAGCCAGGAUGAGCCCCCUGCCAUCGACCAGCAGGGCUUUGGGGCAGCCCCCGGCUUCCAGACCCUCGUCUCCUGCCAGCAGCAGCGGCUGCUGUACCUGCCCCCGCCAUGGGGGGACUGCCAGGCCUCCCCCGGGGCCGCCGGCUCCUUCCCCACCUACACCAUCCCCGGGUGCCGCCUCGACUGCGAGAGCCGAUACCUGACCGAGAACUGCGCCUGCCGCAUGGUGCACAUGCCGGGCAGUGCCGACAUCUGCACCCCGGAGCAGUACAAAGAGUGUGCAGACCCUGCCCUGGACUUCCUGGUGAAGCGGGACAGUCAGUUCUGCUCCUGCCGCACUCCCUGUGCCACCGUGCGCUAUGGGAAGGAGCUGUCGGUGCUGCCCAUCCCCAGCCGGGCCGCCAGCCGGCACCUGGCCCGCAGGUUCAACAGGACCCAGCAGUACAUCGCGGACAAUGUCCUGGUCCUGGACAUCUUCUUUGAGGCCCUGAACUAUGAGACCAUCGAGCAGAAAGCAGCCUACGAGGUGGCAGGGCUGCUGGGUGACAUCGGGGGACAGAUGGGGCUCUUCAUGGGUGCCAGCCUCCUCACCAUCCUGGAGAUCAUCGACUACCUGUAUGAGGUAUUUCGGGACAAACUCCUCAGCUUCUACAAGGAGAAGAAAAGACCCCCCCGGAGAGACAGCAGCACCAUGAGUCCCCAUCACCCCCCAUGCUGCCACCAGGACGUGCUCAGCUUCUCCCCGGACCUGCUACCUCGUCACCCGGCUCUAGAAACCCCUGGGGGGGCUCUGCUGAGGGCCCCCCCCAGCACCUGAGACCCUGAGACCCCCAGCUGGGCUGGGGUGCAAUGGUCCUCGGGUACCCCCCUGCAGGGCUGGCACUGGGUGCCAAGGUGCCCCACUCUGAGACAUCCCCCCUCGGGGUUAUUUUGGGGGGCUGGGGGUGGCAGGACCCCCCCACUCUGCUCCCCUGUCCCUGCAUGAGCUGCUUGUGCCCCCCUCCCCGCUGUACACGUGGCUCCCGCUUGCUGUGGAC